AUGACUACCUCCCGCUGUGUUGCCAUUCAAUAUGGAUUUGGUGACGACAAAUAUCUCGAGAAUCUGCGUACAUCGACCAACAGGUAUACCUAUCAGCCCGGAACAGAGGAGUUGGAUGAAAUCAUACAAUCCCAAAAAUCUCACCUAGAAAACUCCCUGCGCCAACUGCGCCAACUGCGAGAUACUGCAGAUAGAUAUGACCUUCGUGGUAACCGUAAACUUGGAGGAUCAGAUCCGCGCGGCUUCAAUCCACAAAUCAACAUUCUCAUCCUUAAAAUGGUGUGGCGCCAGCACACAGGAUUAGUUAUGGGAUUCAAAGACGAUGUGAUCCUGCAAUUGACAGACAUGGGCCUGAUGUGCUCUGUCCAUCAGUAUUUAGCUGUUGAUAUGCAUGUAGGUGGUGGACGAAUUAAACAAGCCGAUUGGGGAGUUGGUCCCACGCCCAAGAAACAAAUCAGCCUCACCGGCCUACAGUUGUGA